GGCAGAACGCGGGCCCGGGGCUCUGCCCCAGGGCGGGUAGGACGUGGUGCUUUCCCCUGCCGUGUGUGUCCCGCGGUGCGCUCGUAGCUCUGCGGGGUUUGAAACACGUACUUCCCCCGUGAAAGAAAGGUUGAUUCUGAAGGCUGAUGGUAGUCACCGGGAAGCAGUUUUUAGUGUUGAAAUGGGAAAAAAACCCUAAGCUUUUUUGUUUGUUUGUUUGUCUCACGGUUAAUUUACAGUUGUAGAGCAGUUUGUGUAUUUACAAAGCUCUUGCAUCCUGACAGUGUUAUUUCUUUUCUGGAAGUUCAUAGUAAAUCACCUACUGUCAGCUUGGGAUUGCAGCACACAUAAGAAUCUGUUGAAGCUCAAGCAUUGCCAUUCUAUUACUGGCACUUAGUUCUCCUCUUUCUUUCUUUCUUUCUGGGUCAUUAACUUGAUGAAAGAUGGCCGAAAUUGAAACCCACACUACUAGUUAGGUUUUACUUAGUGACCUGUGCUAACUUGGUAUGUUUUGGUUCAUUUUUGUUUAUUUGUUUUUACAUGCUCUCCUACUUUAAGAAAGUUGACUUCUUACUCAACAGGAUGAAGGCGUUCCCAUGCUCUGAAAAUUGCUGAGGAAGUGAUUUCAAAGCCAGUCGAGCCAUGGCCUUUGAAAGGAUAAACCAGAAGGACUGGUACGAGGUCCUGGGGGCCAAACCGUCAGACAGCCCGGCAGAACUGAAACGGAAAUACCAAAAACUUGCUUUGUUGUAUCAUCCCGACAAACAGGAGGCAGAUGUGCCAGCAGGAGAAGUGGAGGAGCGCGUGCAGCGGUUCAUCGAAAUUGAUCAAGCGUGGAAAAUUCUAGGGAACGAGGAGACAAAAAAAGAGUAUGACCUGCAGCAGCGUGAAGAUAACCUGACAAAAGAAUGGCCACUUCAUGCACAGAUUUAUCUGGAGGACAUGUCCUGGAAUGAAGAUGAACAGCUCUACACUCUGUCCUGUCGAUGUGGUGGGAAUUACAGCAUCUCCAAGAGUGAAACCAAAGAUGUAACUUUGGUUUGUUGUGACACAUGUUCACUCGUUAUCGAGAUUCUGCAAUGAUUGUUUCAGUGAAGUACAUUGAGAGUUACAAACUUUUCAAGAGAUUGGACAAACAAGGGACAACAUCUGCUAAAGAAGUGUAUGUUAAAGAAAAGGGAGACACUACAAGAACAAGUUCAUUCAGGCUUAAAAAUGACAAGUGCCCCUUUGCUCAUACAGCUGUGUAGACAUGAGGUUCAGACUUUCCUUCUGCAGCUGAAGAGCUCAUAAUUAAACACCUCCAACCCAGAACAUGAGUUCUGUACAACUGGAAUGUAUCUCCUGAUCUAAAGGUUUCUUCCCCAGCAAACAAUGGAGUGGCUUCUUUCAAUUUCACUCUGAAGCAGCUCUACCUUGAGCCCUACCUCUUAGGUUAAAUCCUUUUAACAGCUCAGAUGACAAAAUUCAAUCAGGAGGCGCAGAUGUGAGAAUGCUUUGAAGAUAAUGAAGAGCAAGGUUCAGCAGUGGGAAACAGGAACAUUUGCUGUUUAUAAGCUAAAUAUUUAAGUCCAUGAAAUCCUCUCAAAGACUGGAGACAAGAAGGAGGAGGCAGAGGCUGGUAGCUGGAGGCAGCUGGGUGUCCCAGUGCUUAAGGAGCAAGGCUGGUGGCUGUGCCCUGCCCUGUGACAGUGACAUCACCUGGGCAGCCUGGAGCAGGAGCACACAUUGAGCUGGGUUCUCCAUCAUCGGAGCAAACGGAGUCAUCAUUCCUGAGAGGAAAGCUAACGAGGGAGCUGUGCUCUGACGCCACAGGUCAGUCAGAGAGAAACUCCACAGCACUCCUGGGAGUGACCAGCAGAUCUGGAACCCUGCUGGUUCAGUAUUCCUCCUGCUGAUGUAGGGAGAGCCAGGAGAUGGCUCCGGCUGUGUGACAGCAGAGUAAGUGCACUGUGCCUUUUCCAUCCUUCUGAACACUCAGUGCUAACCUUGGCUUGGAACAAAACCCCAGAACUUUCCCAUAAAUCCAAGCACUCGUUGUGGCUUACCAGAGGAAGCAGAGCAAGAGGCGCAUCAUUUUUGUUGAUGACACAAGUGUAUCAUUCCCACUCUGAAGUCAAGUGUAAUCUCAGAAAGAGACAUCUAUGUCAAGUAAUAUUUGUGUUUAUUCUAAACAAAAAUAGUUCCAUUCAUUUGAGUAGAAAAUACUAUGAAAACUGUCAAUAGUAACUUAAGUCAUUUAAUCAUCAAGAAAUCUGUGGCCAUUGGGGCUUGCGCGUAGAAAUCCAAAGUCGUUCAGAGGCCAUAUCUGUAAAAUAAAGCACAGUUACAAGAGACUUUAAUCACAAUUCAAAGUUCAGUAUUUUCAUUUGUUAUUGUAAUCAUUUCAUAAACAGCGUAAUUUUUUCUCUCUUUGGUAAAGAACGUUGCUCACUGAUGUGUUUCUCUUACUAGAAGUAAUAAAUACUGUGUAUUACAGGAAAUCGUUCCAUAGUGUGAACUUUACAAUUUAUACACAUGCUUUGCUGUGGAGAGCCUCAUGAAUUCCAUUGUUUAUUUCACCCUUGGAAAUAAACAUGUUCUUAAAGAGUGUCUUUCCAA